UCCUAUCACGGUGGCACGAGAACCGUAUUUAACUCCGCCCAUUCUUGUCCAGUAUAUUUCAUUGGGUACCGUCCCAUCUGAUGAUACGUUUAAGGCAGUUUAUUUAAUAAAAGAAAAAAAUCCCGCAAAGCCUUGAAAAUAGCGAAAGGAAAAAUACGUCAGUCAAAUAUUUCGACAAUUUGAGGAAAAAAUAUUGUCCUACCCUCAGCCGUUUACGGGGCCCUAGCUUUAAAUUGUCGCUGUUCUUGAGAAAGCCAGCGUUGUGUGGAAGUGUUAAUCAAACUCUAUAUUUGAUGCCCAGUUACACCCCGUUUUGUUGCUUCAUUGAUCACCUAACAUACCUAUAUCAGACGAGGGAAACAGUAGUCCACUUCAGGACUCCUUGACGGUUAAAUUGCAAUGAAUCAUCUUGCAUGAAAAUUAUAAACUGCGAAAAGUUGAAUUCUUACAUAGCAAUUACUAUAAAAAAAAACUGGGAUUAUCUAAAGUAGCUAUGGAGGAAGAGUUUAAAAACUGAGCUGAGGUGUUAGAAAUACUGAAAUAAUGUCAUCGCCAUCGUCACCAAACGUUCUCCCAAAUUCCGAUGAUGUCGUUGUUGACAAAUCGAAUUCAGAGGAGGAAACAGAUAGAAAAUUUAAGGAAGAAGAAGAGAUCAUCGACAGAACAGAAGAUGAAAACAAUCGUUUUCAACCAACAUUUCCCAUCAUUCAAAGACCUAUUGCAACUACCCCAAAACGGUCAUUUUUUAUCACAGACAUUCUGUCAGAAGACAAAUCGUCCCCGAGAACUUGCUCGGCCUUCAGACCUCUACGAGUUCCAUCGUCGUUAAUAGCUAAUCCUGGCAGCGUGGCUGAACACUGUUUGAACUUUUCUUCUCUCAAAAGUCAUUCAGAGAUAGACAAAGCCAGUGAAAGUAAAACUUUUGACGACGACGAAGAUAUAGACGACGAUGAAGAUGACGAAGAUGAUGACGAUGAUAAAAACAGUGAAACAAAUCGGGGUUCAUGUACAUCGCCUGACGAUUCUUCAGGUGGAAUCUUAAAGCAGAAAAAGCCCAGAAAGGCGCGAACGGCCUUCACCGAUCAUCAGCUGAACAGCUUGGAGAAGAGUUUUGAGCGACAGAAAUACCUUAGCGUUCAGGAUCGAAUGGAACUGGCCUCUAAGCUUAAUCUGACAGACACACAGGUGAAAACCUGGUACCAAAAUAGAAGAACCAAAUGGAAGCGACAGACAGCUGUUGGACUAGAGCUUCUAGCAGAAGCCGGGAAUUUUGCUGCCGUUCAACGUCUAAUCCAAAGCAACCCGUACUGGUUCACUUAUCAUCCACAGGCUACCUCCAUCAUCUCAAACAUCGACGCCAUGUAUUACCGCCAUAAUGAAACGUCUAUCACCCAAAGACCAACACUACCGCGCAUGCUCAUUCAUGGGAUUCAGCAACACAUAAAUCACAUGUCACCAACAAACUCAUUGUUUUCCGAGAGUAGGAAUUAGAUGAAGUGUUAUAUCUGGAUUUUUGCUAAAUGAGUUAAUAUUGAGAUUGACGACUUUAUUCCGGUAGCCGUAUUAAAGAUGAUUUGACAAUGAUGCUAAACAUUAUGCUGCUUUUCUUUUUUUUUUUUUAAUUUCUAAAAAGAGAAGCGUAGAAUUUUAGUCAAUUGCAAUUUGUCAUUUGUUCUCUAUAUGUAUUUAUUAUGUAAAUUGUGACAAGAUAAUAAAAUUUUUAAACUGAU